CUUUGUUUCAGACUCCACCUCUGUCACGUGAACGCGCUUUAAGCCGAAUUAGAAAAGCCUGGGUUAACAAAGCUCAUUGAAACAUUGCUAAAUUUAACCGAUUUUCUCUUCUCCAUUUUCUUCGCCUGCACAGUAAAUAGUAGUGACACUAGAGCUGUCACUUACUCUCGCAUCGGGUUCUCUCGGGAUCAUUGCGUCUUCUGAUCGUAGGUUAAGAUUUGAUUAUUAAAUCUAGCAUUGAAACAUCUCGGAUAUCUGCGCGCGUCCGCUCCAACACACAGGGGAGAGUAAUCGCGCGCCGAAACCCGGAUCAUAAUCCAUGAACGGAGACAGAGAUUUCCACAUGAUGAGAAAGAACGAGAGGGCACACUUUUUCAGCUCUAAAGAGCAGGAACUCAUUCUGAAGUUGUAUGAAGAAGAGAGAGAAAUACUGACAGCCAAAUCCAACACGACUAGCGCCUCCAGGCUGAGAGAGGAAGCCUGGCAGAGAAUUGCUGAUAAAAUAAAUGCGGUGUCGGACAGUGGCUACAAAAGGACAUGGCAGCAAGUGAAAGUCAAGCAUAAAAAUAUUGUCCAAACAGCAAAAAGAAGAAGGUUGGAGGUGAUAAGGAUGAAGAAUGAGGUAGGGUCAGCCACCCCGUCACUGACCUCUGCAGAGGACGAUGUGCUGCUGCACAAAGACAUCAGGCUAAGAGCUGAGAUCCUCCCUGUGGGAGCCUGUAUUGAACCACUGAGUGAAUCCGAAAGCUCUUUCAUAAGUGGUCAUCCUGUCCUCCUCUUGCCUGUAACAAAGACUGAACCAGAGAGCCUGAGCAGUGAUGAGACAGACGUCAGCGACACCCAUAUUGAAGGGGAUGUGCAGAGCGGCAGCUUCCAGGACAGAGACAACUCAGCAUGUGCUACAAUGGGAGGCAGAAGUGCAGAGAGGCAGAAAGAAAACAUAAAGGCUCUUUACUGCAGCUACCUCAGAAAGGAGAUGGAGAACCGAGACCAACAGAUGGCUUUGAGAGCACUUAAAAUGAAGAAGUUGGAGAAAGAAAUUUUACUUCUUGAUAAACAGCUGAUGUGACUUUUCAAAGAAAGACCUUUUUAAUCUGACCGUCAUAACAUCAAACAAUUCCUGAGUACUGUAGAAUGAAUCAGUUCAUCUUUAUUUAUACUGAAGAGAUCACUGAGGACGGUCUCUCAUGUACAAGAACAUCACAUCGGUUACAAAAUCUACUGAAAGAGAAACAAAGUGGCUCAGAGUUGGAGUGGGUUACCCUCUGAUCCGUAGAUCCUAGUUUGAUCCCCGUCUCCUGCAGUCAGCAAGAUGAACUGGGCAAGACAGUGAACCCCAAGUUGCUCCUGUAGGCUUAGCUUUUGGUGUGUAGCUGUUGUAGUGAACGUAGCAGUGGUGAUCUGCCUGGUGCUUUGCAUUGCAGCCUCUGGCCUCUGUGUGAAUGUCUCUGUGGAGUGAACACUCAAAUGAACUGUAUGUUGCUAAAAAUGUAUGUAAGUACCACAUACAUACAGGGAGAAGAGAGCAGGAAGUUCCUCAAUGCAGUGGUGGAGCCAGACUGCUAUGACUCGGGUGGCCAAACUAGGGUCCUAAUUUUUAUAGGGGUGUGGGAAACAUGAGGGGCUUCUUGUAUCAAAUAAUUUAAAAAAAUGUUAAAAUGUUGUUGAUGUUUAAGGAUAAAGGUUAUUCAACAGAGUGGGCAACAUUUAAAUUUGCUGAACUUAACACUUAAAGGACUCAGUGUUUAGAUUAUUAAGAUGAUUGUCCAAAGUCACUGUUUAAAUCCUCAAACAAGUUCUUUAUUAAAAUUCAAAGAAGCUACUGAUUUCUAUACAAGCAAUGCCUCUGACAAGGUAAAUAGCCAAUCAUGGUCACGAAUUUCAGGGUGGCCAAUCAGAAUUUGGCCACCCCUGGCUCCACCACUGUCUCUAUGAGCAAAAGGGGGGGCGGGGGGGCAUCCACAUGUUACUUUUACAAGUCAACACCUUUGUCACUCUUCCAGUUUUGCUCAUUGUAGCUGUUCACAUGCAACAGUUAACACUACGUUGUUAUUCUCAGGCAGGACAGUAUUAGAAGCUUCACUUAAGUUGCCCAAAGGUCAUUUCAGUCUCAUCACUUAGCUGGUAAGAGAUGCCCACAAGCAUGAGGCCCACUGAGGGUUCAGGUUAGCAGAGUCUUGGAGGUGGUGCCCUGUCCUCCGGAGGGAUUUUAUAUCACAUGCCUUAAAAUGUACAAAUUUAGUCUGCGUCUGCGAUGUGCUGUAGCUCUUAGAUUCUGAAUAACUGAAACAAUUGAUGUAUUUAAUUAAAAGGUCAGUUUCAUUCACAUCAGAUGAGUAGUGUCGAGACUGAUGCCCUUUUAUAUAUAUUCCCAUAUUUAUAGUACUGAAUAAACAGGCAAGUUUGCACAAUGAACGCUGUUAUAUUUCAUAUUUAGUUGCAAAUGUUUCUGGUCUAAAAUACAUCAGCAGACUCAUUGUUUUCCCUCUUGAGCAGUACUGCUGCCAUAUCACUGCCUUUAGCUUACAGUACAGGUAUCAUUUAGGGAGUCUGCUCUGCAGCGUGUUGAACACAUGCUCAGCUAGGACUGAGGUCAGUUAACUCUGCAGCAACUCCACUGUUGGGUCACAUGGUCUGUGAGAAUGGGACACUGUCAGUCCAUGGGUCUUUCUGUUUGGUCCCUUUGCUGAGCAAUUUUGGAUAGAUAUGGAAUUACAGACAAAUAUCAGGUUGAAACUGACUCCUGAACAUGUUACUCUUUGCAUAGGAAAUGGCAUUCGUGUGAAAAUAUGAGCCUUGGCUGCAUGUCCUGUGAAAGGUCAGCCUAUGAUGCCCCUUUAAAAGCCAAAAGAACAUUUCUUUGGCUCCCAUUCAUUGUUGAAUGUAUUCAUUUCAAUCACUCCUGUUUCUUUUCAAUUCUCUGUUUUCAUUAUCUGCUUAGAUUUAUCUUUUUUCCUUACUUUUUCUAGAAAUCAUGAGUUAAAAGCUUAGUCUCUAGUUUGUAAAAUAUCUCCUGUGUGAAACUCAAUGCCAGUCAUUUGUGAUAUGUAUUUAUAAACAUAUUUAAUUUAGUGCCAUCGUAUAAUUUAUCAUUUUUUAUCUCCCUGUUUAUCUUCUUUUUUAAUAAUAAAAAAAUGACUUUU